AUGGAAGAGGCAGAGCAUGAGACGCAUGUGGUGGCGAUCAAGAUUGCAGCGACCUUUGUGUUGGCCACCUUGUCGGCGGUUUUCUCAGGGCUCAACCUGGGACUGAUGUGCCUGGACGAGAAUCAGUUGAUUCUCUUGAUCAAGGCAGCUGAUCGGGAGGAUGGUUCCACAGAAGCCCAGCAGCACGCGGCAUGGGCCAAACGGAUCCUGCCGCUGCGCAAGGAUGGGAACUUGUUGUUGUGCACGGUGCUCCUGGGGAAUGUGAUGGUGAACUCCUAUAUGGCGAUCUUGAUGGCUGAACUGUGGGAUGGGACUGCAGCCUUCAUUGCCACAACCUUGAUCAUCGUUACCUUUGGGGAGAUCAUGCCACAAUCGAUUUGCUACAAGCACGGCUUGAGGAUUGGAGCAGCCUUGGUGCCCUUGCUCUUCUUCUUCUGGAUACUUCUCUAUCCAGUGUCGAAGCCCAUCGCCCUCAUCCUUGACCGGCUUUUUGGGGAAGAGAUUGGCCAGGUCUUGGACCGGCAGCAGUUCAUGACUUUGAUUGAAUACCAACGGAAGCAAGCACCACACCUACUGACUGAGCAAGAAGCGCGGAUCCUUCGAGGCUCCUUGGACUUCUCGACCAUGACGGCGAAGAACAUCAUGGUCCCAAUGGCCGAGUGUUUCUGCCUGGAUUCUCAUGCCGUGAUCAACCCAGGGCUUUGCUCUGCCGUGGCCUCCGCUGGCUACUCCAGGAUCCCCGUCAUCGACCGGGACCCCUUGAACCCCAAGAAGCAGUUUGCUGUGGUCGGUUUGAUUCAUGUGAAAGACUUGCUGCUCCUGGAGAUCGACCACGAGGUGCCCUUGAAGGCCUUGUUGCCCCUCAUUGGCCGCCAGGUCUUCAUUGUCGACGACGACGCACCUUUGCCGGAGCUUCUAGAAGAGUUCCGCCGAGGCGCGAGCCAGCUGGCUGUGGUGCGGGGUAUCAUCAACGAUGAAGACUGCGAUCCUUACUUUCGGCAUGUGGGCAUUCUCACGCUUCAAGACCUUCUGAAUACCAUUGUCCAGGAGGAUGUGCACGAAGUAGACGCAGAUGAUGUUGAUUCAGAGGUGAGCAGCGAGCCCAGCGGCAUGUUCUCGAAUGUCCGGCGCUUUCACGAAGCAUUAGACCCAACGCCAGUACACCAAGCGCCUGCGCAGGUGGUACGGGGCCUCUCAAAGGACGAGGUGGUCGCGGCAGCUGCCUUCCUGCGGCAGCGCUACAUGAAGCUCUUUGGUCGUGUGGAGCAGGGAAGGUUAGAGGCUUUCCUACUUCGAAGCUGCCAAGUGGUGGGCACUGGUCGGGAUAACCAAGGGACUGCAUUAUACCAUCGCAGUCAGCCAGCUCAAUAUGCCGCUUUGGUGAUUUCAGGGGAGGUGAAGGUCUUCGCAGGGCAAGAAGCCUAUGAAUCCAUCCAUGGCCCAUGGAGCUUUUUGGGGAAGAGAUGCUUGGAAGCGGCCUUGGAACGGAAGGAGAACAAGGAGAAGGCGGAGUCCAAGGCAAAUCGCCAGGUCUAUUGUCCGGACUUUAGCGCAUACACAGCCGAAGCCAAGGAUGAUGUUGGAGGCUCAAGGCUUUUGCUCAUCACUGGUGAGGCCUAUUUCAACCUUCUCUCUGGGCGCAAUGGAUUGCUAAGCCUCUGA